AUUUUAUGCUGGCUAACUAAACAAGUUUAAGUUUCAAACGCUCAAACUUUUGAAAUGUGCAAAAGUUUAAUUGUAUUCAUUGCGCUUUUGGCGGCCACAAGUGCAGCCUCAAUUUUCGCUGAUGAUGUGACAGCAACAACUGCCGCAGCAGCCGAUACAACUUUAGUGCCUGCCGAGGAUACAACAGCCACUGAAGCCACUGGAACCACUGAAGCCACUGGAACCACUGCAGCUAAUGAUGCUACCACGCCAGUAGCUGGCAAAUGUGUAUUCGAGAAGGAAACCUGGUCCGAUGAGAAUCUAAUGAAGUUUCACUUGUGCGUGGAUGGCAAGGACGUUAUACAGACCUGCGGGGAAGAUGAAUUUUUUGUUAACAAUGCAACUAUCAGCGGCUGUGUGCCUAUGAAUCAAAUGCAGCCAGAAUGUGUAAAUUUGGAUGCAGAGCCACAGCUGUGCACUGAGGAGAAUUACCAGCAGCAACAGCCUAGCAAAUUGCUAAACAGUUUCUAUCUGUGCACUGGAGUGGGUAUCAUGCCUGUCUUAGAAGUUUGCCCGGAUCAAAAGGUGUUCCUUAGAAAUGAGGCUGGCUGGAUGGGCUGCUUUGAGUGGAGCAUGUGGCGUUUUUUGCGCGGCUGCCCAGAGGGCAAUUAACUCAAUUGUCUAUCAAGCAUUUUUAAUUACGUAUAUAUAUAUAUCUUGAUUAAAACUGGCAGCUGGGCAUUA